GAAAGACCAUUUAUCCGUAGGCCGGGUUGCCUCGCGCUGAAUACAUACGUCCCAGGACCCACGUUGUAGUCGAGAACGCGAACGCUUCUUUCAUGACAUCGAUGAAAUCCCAUGAAACCUGGGUACUGUAAAAUUGCUGUUAACCUUAUCCGAGUUUCAAGGGUUAUACUUCUAGAGCAUACCCCCACCAGAGCAGCCUCUCUUUACAUAUUUAAUAUAUAUCGCCGAAUCGUUCAAACAAACGACAUCUCAUUUGGAUGACUUGGUAAACCGAACAACGGCCUUGCUGUCCGUCACUUUGCAAUAUGUCGUCUUCAAACAUAAAGAAUUUUAUGCGGAAGUUCAAUGUCAGUAAGCCCACUGACAUGCCUGACAUCCCAGAAGAAAAGCUCGGUCCGGACGGGCGUCCAAUAUCGAUGCUUUCUCAACGGAGAACCGAUGACAAACGAGGCUCAGUGAAUUCCAACGUAUCCGAGCUGUCAACUGCUACCACGCAUGUCGGUAAUGGGCUCGGCAUAAAAAACGCAGAGGAUACGCCAGCGCCUAGUGGAGACCUGCUCUCCAUUCCCGAGAAUGUCCAAGCUCCUACAAUAUUUGGCCCUAACAACGAGUACAGAGCCGUCCCUUCGAUCAUUGAGUACUCAACUACUCGUGGCAGGUCCCGAGUAUCCAUACGAGAAGCGACUCCAGAAGAAGCCAAAGUUGCUGCUGGAUCUGCAGUGCCAAUCAUUUCUGACAUUCCUGAGCUUUCUUACCAACCCAACUCCCUGAAUCCGCAGGAGAACUGUAAUAUUCCUCGAAAUGAUGCUCCAUCCAAAGUCCAGGCAGCAUGGAAUGAUACGGCCAUUGAGAAUCUCCAUCCUUCGCUAAGUUCGCACCCACCUACGCAAGUGAGAGGAUCGGUAACAGACUCGAUACGAACGUCAACCACAUCGAUUAGGACCUCCACAACCUCAGAUCCACGCACUUCAAUGGCAACAAAUGAGGGAGACAUCAUGUCUGAUAGAGGAUCUACAGCGUCAACCCUAAAUCCUCCGGGAUCCCCUCCUCAAUUGCUUGGUUCAAGUCCUGAGUACAAGAAGCAUGAGUUCAAUGAAAAACCGUCAUUUACUAGUGGGGGCUGGUCGCUCCCUAGAAGUCCAAGUUCCCAAUCGUCAAUGAGAUUUCGGGAAAACAAUUCGAUGGACACUUCAAGAAGUGGUGGACCUCCCUCACUUCCGGACUCGUUAGAUGCAGUACAGUCUCGAUUCUCAUGGCACAUGUCGAAGACUGAGAAAGCAUCAAACUGGUUCACACGCUGGUUCAUCGAGUGGUGGGCCAUGGAAAUUGCCAGUUGGAUCUUCAGUGCUAUUUGCAUGAUGACCAUAAUCAUCGUCCUGUGGAAAGUCGAUGGCAAACCCAUGCCCAAGUGGAAGCUUGGAGUAUCUAUCAAUGCAUUCAUCUCCAUAUUCUCCGGCUUUGCCAAGUCCGCCUUGCUCUUGCCUACUGCAGAAGCCCUUGGGCAGCUGAAAUGGAACUGGUUCACCAAUAAACAGAAGAGAAUGAUGGAUUUCGAAGUACUUGAUUCUGCAAGUCGUGGUCCUUGGGGCUCAAUGAUGUUACUCGCUAAAACGAAGGGAAUCACGCUCGCCUCGGUAGGUGCCGCUAUUAUCCUUCUAUCACUUCCUUUAGAUCUGUUCUUUCAGCAGAUCAUUGCUUAUCCCUCUGUGAACAUUGUGGAUCCUCAAGCGAACGCCACAAUUGCUCGCACAAUCCUAUAUAACCCAGACCAAGAACGUGAAUGGCAGGGUGGACCACCUGCAGACGGUGGUAACUUCGCGACUCCUGAAGAUUCCCAGAUGGAUGCUUUCCUUUAUCCAUAUUGGCUGAGAACGGGUGUUGUUCCCGGAAUUCCGUUUGAUUGCCCAACUGGCAAUUGCACGUUCGACCCUUUUGAAACUCUUGGCGUCGAUUUCCAGUGCAAACCGCUUCCACUUGACCUUCUUGAAUUCGACUGUAAGAAUACUUCUGCUGAAUGGUUGUCAACUGUCGCAUACGGUGGGCCUGGUCAGAAUCCGAACGUCACUUCAUGCGGUUACUAUCUCACUCCACCAGGCUACAUGCCACAACUUAUGAGCGGAUAUGAGAUCACAGUUGAUGGAUCCGUGGGCGAGGUACUGUCAACCCGCUUUUUCGCCAUGACCGACAUUUACACAGGAGUUCCUUUCUUCAACGGUUCUAUCUUGUUCCCCCAGAUCAAACAUCCAAUCAACGACUUCAUUCUGGUUACUACCCCGGGAGGUUUUGAUGGCGCGGUCAAGAACGUCACACCCGAAAUUCAAGAGUGUGAAUUGCACUGGGUAGUAAAGACAGUUCAAUCGCAAGUAGUGAACGGCCAGCUCUUCGAGGAGAACAUCAAGACAUGGGAGUUUGAGAGUAACGUAACCUCAACCUGGGACCUCCAGGAUCCAACAGUAUAUCAGGCCAGUUUCUUUAUGACCUUGCCUGAUAAGCACUCCGUUACAGGACCGACUUCAACAUAUGGAUUGACGAACACCACAGGUCGAAAAGUAAACGAUGUGUGGGCACAGAUUGCCCCAUCGACCUUUACGCGACCUUCAGCUAGCAAUCCAGCGAAAACAGGUCCGGUUUUGAAGAUUUGGUGGCUCUACAGCCCGCCGCAUUUAGUGAUUGUGACUGAGCCAAAACUUCCAUGGGAGCCGUGGGCCAAUGUAUCAGACCAUAUGGCGCAAGCUAUAACAGUCAUGAAUCAAGUUGUCCGCCGCAACACUCUCUCUAGUACGGGAACGCACGAUGUGUCAGUUGGCGUUGCUACUAGAGCGGUAACUAUUGUUGAUAUUCGCUGGCAAUGGAUCACUCUACCUGUGGCAUUAUUAGUGUUUGCUUUGAUCUUCUUAAUCACAACCAUGUGGAGAAGCUCAAAGGACAAAGAACAGAUUGGAAUUUGGAAGACUUCUGCGCUCGCGAUCCUUUUUAACGGUCUCGGAGAAGAUGUUCAAGGAUUCGUCGGACCAGGAAACAAGUCACAAGGUUAUGUGCGGAGGAAAGCACGGGAUAUAAAGGUUCAGCUAGAUGACGAUUGAAUUGUCGAGAAUUUGGGAACUUUCAUUUUUUUUGUCGAUUAUUGGUCAGCAGCUUCUCCUUUCAAAUUGAGAACUUGCCUGAAUGCCCUGCUUGGCUGUUGCCUGC